ACGGGAGGUGGCGACGCGGGUCCACCUCGGCCCACGGCUCACUCGAGGAACACAACCUCCGGCGAGUGGAAGGAGGAGCGCGCGGGUUACCUUCCUCAGAGUCAAGACGUCGCGUUGUCACCGAAGCAUCAAGUGUGGGCAGGAACACCGAAACUGUUUAGGGGAAAGUUUGUGACUUGACGAGUACAAAGAAAGACCAAAGCCAUGGCAGACAUUGGCAGGUCAACGGCAGAACUCCUCAAAGACAGCACACCAGCUCACGUCGUGCAGUACUUUGCGGCCUUCUCAGUGGCGAUGGGCGGCCUCAGCUUUGGCACCGGCCUUGGCUUUACGUCACCCGCCAACCCGCUCUACAAUGCCACUGGAACCCUCGAUGAGACUGAAUUAAAUUUGUUCACCUCCAUCGUUAAUUUGGGCGCCCUGGUGGGUGGGCCAUUGGCCGGCCUGCUCAUCAACGUUCUGGGCAGGAAGGGCAGCAUGAUGAGCUCCGUGGUACUCAGCCUGGCGGCAUGGGCACUAAUAGCGUUUGGCGAGGACUUUGCCCCGUUGCUCAGUGGUCGCAUCAUCGCUGGAGUGUUCACUGGCAUGACCUGCCUAGUAGUGCCCACUUACAUCGGGGAGGUGUCCUCGGCAGACAUUAGGGGUGCCCUGGGAUCAAGCUUCCAGCUGAUGGUCACGAUUGGAAUCCUGUACGCUUAUGUGUUUGGCUCGUUCAUUGAUAACACCCGGACCCUGGCCCUGAUCUGCGCCAUCCCCACGGUGGUCUACGCUGUACUACUCUUCUUCAUCAGGGAGUCGCCGACCUUCCACAUCGCCAAGGGGAAAGACGACGAGGCGCGAGAGACACUACAGAAGCUAAGGGGGAAAAACUACGAUGUCGAGCCUGAGUUCCGGACGCUUCGUGAUACACAGGAAAUCCUUAACCGUUCUACGGUCACCAUGAAGGACUUGCUGCAGCCCCACAUCCUCAAGCCUGUCCUUAUCUCACUGGCCACCAUGUUCUUCCAGCAGACAUCGGGCAUCAACGCGGUGCUCUUCAACCUCGGCUCAAUUUUUGAGAGCGCCAACACCGGGAUGGACUUCAACGACAGCGCCAUCGUGGUCGGCAUCGUGCAGGUCAUCGCCACAGCCGUCGCCGUGCCCCUCAUGGACCGGGCCGGCAGGAAGAUACUCCUCACCACCUCAGCCGCCGUCAUGGCGCUGUCGCUUGUGGCGCUGGGCUUGGCUUUCUACGUGGAUGGCCUCUCGUGGCUGCCGCUCACCUCGCUCAUUGUCUACAUCGCCGCAUUCUCUGUGGGCUACGGGCCAAUACCAUGGGUCCUCAUGGGUGAGAUGUUCUCCUUGGAGGUGCGCGCGGCGGCCAGCGGGCUCGCCAUCCUCACCAACUGGGGCACGGCGUUCAUCGUGACGCUUAUCUUUGAUCCUCUACAGGAUGCCAUCCACGAGUACGGAACUUACUGGAUGUUUGCCGGCAUUUGCGUGGUCAACACGAUAUUCUGUGUGAUGGUGGUGCCGGAGACCAAGGGGAAGACGUUGCAGGAGAUUGCUGCUCACUUCGGUGGACCCGAGCUGAAGGAUGACACCAAGCCCCCUGUAGGUGGAGAAAAGGCGGAGGCCUCUGUAUAGUCAGCAUCCGCUGGAACACCUUGUAUAUAACGCCGCGCCGUCAGCAGGACGCGUCAGAAGCUGGUCUCCUCAGCUAGUGUCCUUUGUUGGUCCAAGUCUCUGAAUGACACACUUGAGAGUACCUUCUUGUGCUUGAUUUCGUACAUCGGCUGUUAUUGUGCCUCUGUGAAGCAUGUCGCCAGCAGGAGCAGUCAGCGGUGUCAGACAAGGAUGUGCCAGAGGUCCCGGUGUCGUUUGCUCAAGUGACUCAUUGUGAAGUUGAUUCUAAGUCUUCAAGGACAUUCAUUGAACACCAUUCCUUGCACUUUUACUUUAUGACUGAGGUCUCUUCAUCCCGUCAUCCCUAUGUUUUUGUAUAUCGUUCUGUUUAUCAUCAACAGUGGCAUAGCUAUAUACUGGAGGGCCUGGGCAGCCACGGCCUCCUCAGAGAUAAGAUGGCAACCUCUUGAGCUUCAUGUAUUAGAUUUAAAGAGAUUUUUUGUGUGUUUGAUUAGGCAAACUGGACAAUCUUGUAUGGGUAUUGCCUCCUCAACGAUCAACUUGGCCUCCAAUUGGCCCCGUCAUAUGCAGACCCCGAGCUGCGCCACUGAUGACCGUGUUCUCGCUCUCCAUCUUCACAUGUAUCCUUACAGCCUUGCUUAGACUUCUAUAGAUUUUUUUUUCGCUGGCACGAAUGGUUACUGUCCCUCCUUAAGCAAGUGGAAUGAGGAGAAGCUCCUAAUCAUGCCCAUAGAUUGGUCAUCAAUGAGCUCCAAGCUCUUUCCGAAAGGAUAUAUCAACAAGAGUCCAGUUAUCAGAUCGUGAAUGAAUAACACACACACACACACACACACACACACACAGAGUAAAGGUUUAACUAUAGUUAAACCUUUACUCUGAACCAGCCACACUCACAAGCGUAUACAAGUUGUAUACAACUGGCAGGAGGGUGAUGGAGCUGACUAACAUGCCUGUUUGUGAAAAGGAAAACCGAUAUUGUGAAACACUUUGCUCCUGAUUAAUUAAAAAAGAGGAGAAUGAAUGACUAUUUCGAGGAUAACUGACAAGAAGAUAUUAGAGGCGGAAGCAUGAGUGUGGGUUUAUCAGUGGGCAGCGAUAUUUUUUUUUAGCCUUUAGCGCUGGUAGCCUUUUUUGGUGGGGCCCGCUGGUCGGUCCCUUAGAGGAAGUUCAUUCUUCCUCCAAGGUCGGUCCAGCGCGUUAUGUCGCAGGCGAGUGUUUGAUAAUGGCGCCAUUUUGCUUGACGCAUACUACCCCCGUAGCUCUUUUUUUUUUCUCUCUUAGAGAAUUUAGAUAUAUCUAGAGUCCGGGUUGACUGGUGGUGUUCAGGACACCAUGUGGGUAAUCUUAAGGCCGAUUUCACAGUCUCUUUCAGUUGUUCUUGUCGUUGCCAAUGAGCGGCAAUCGCUGCCACCAACAAGAAAUCCGAUUUCACAGUCGCCUUUAACGGCGCUGUUUGUUUGCAUCGGUACCAGAGAUUGGAACCUUUGGUAACGCAGCCCUGGUAGCCGGAAGGGCUCCCUAAUGGAGCUUACCGAUGCAAUUUCUUAGCUAAUAACUUCAUAAUCUUUUUUUUUUUUAAAGAAUUUGAGUGACGUGAGCUCAUUUCACCAGCUGACCAGCAAACUUCAUUAUUUGUCAACAUUAUUCACUUGUUAUGCUUUAUUGGUCAAAUUCCUGUAAUAUUCUAGACUGCCUAUGUAUGCAUACGGCAUACAUACUCUGAAGUCGGCCCUACUUUGUGAACGAUAAAUGUGAAGAAUAAAUGUGAAGUCUGCUAAAUCUGCUAAAUAAAUGUGAUGAAUGAAUGUGAAGAAUAAAUCUAAUGAUUUAAUGUGAAGAAUCUGUCUCGCUGAAAGACACUGCUCUGGUUUGCUAAAUAAUAGCAGAAAUAU